AUGACGUCAGACAUCACAUUCCUCACGCGGCAAAAUUUUGUCGAGAUGUUUCCCGCAUUUUUGCGGGACCUGCAUGAGGCAGACUACACCGCCGUCGACCUCGAGUUCACCGGCAUCGACCGCGAGUCGGCUGCCCACUUUCUCAGGCUGCCGGAGGAGGCUUUCCUGCGCAAGAUGGCGGCAGCGCGUCAAUUCUGCCCGAUGCAGAUUGGAUUCAGCAUGUUCCGCGGCGACACCGAGCAGGCGAGCAGCACCGCUGCGAAUGCGCCGUGCGCCGAUGCCGCGCCUCAAACCUACCGCGACGUUAUGGUCUCCGAGGCAAAGGCCUUUUAUCCCACUGGAUUGCGGGGGCCGAUGCUCAAGGCGAUGUUGGAGAGUUGGGCUUCCAAGGGCCAUGUGGCGCCCAGUGACGUGGAGCAGCUCAAUAAGGCACGGCGCGAGGCGGAGCUUGCGCUCAAGGGCUCUUCAGAUUCCGCCCCCGUGUACGAGCAGUUGACCGAGCUCCGCACGCUAAGUGAGAUCGAUGCCGUCCUUCAAAUUGCUGAGCGGUGGAAGGGCUACGCCGAGGCGAAGAGGCGGCACGUGAGGGUGCGGAACUACUCCUGCUAUUUGCUGCCAGCCCCGGAGAAGGGCGAUGGCGACAGAACAGUGACUCUCUCCUCUGAAACCGUAAUGUUCUUGAUGAAGAACACCAUGGACCUCAACAAGUGGAUGUCGGAGAGCCUCUUUUUCGUGUCUUUCGAGGAGUACCUUAAGGUGCAGCUGGCGGUGAUGCACGGCGUGGAAGCCGCUGACCACGCACGCGCGGUGGACGAGAGACUGGAGGCCCUAAGACAAUGGAUAAAUGCAUUUCCGCUUCCGGAGGCAAAAAACCAGCUUUGGUCAGAGUACAAUAGAAUACGAUCCUUUGCGUGCAAUGCUGCCGUGGGGGAGUCGAUGGAGGCGAACUUUCCAUUCUUAAAGCCACCUCUGUUUGCCGAACUUGGAAAUUGCAUGGGGCUGCUUGGACUGCGCUUCGUGCGGAAGACGAUUACUAAGGUCUCGUCAUUCGAUGAUCUGGAUCUGCCAAUUGCGAAGGAUCCGAACUACUUUGGCACACGUCUGCUGGAGGCCCUGGUGGCGGCGACGCAGGGCCGCAAGAUGCCCCUGGUGCUACACAACGGCCUUUCAGAUUUGACGUUUCUCUUUAGCGCUAUGCGGCAGGUCAUACCACAGACGCUGCCCGAGUUUAAACGCUUUGUUCGGGAGAUCUUUCCUGUGUUCUACGACACUCGAACGCUGACGUGUGCGCCAUCGUUGCAGAAAUUCGGCGUGCUAACGGGCGCGCUCAAGAAAACCUACCUGGCGCUUCUAAAGAGGAACGAGCGGGUGCAGAUUCACUCCGAACUUUCUUUCGAGGCGGUGACGGAGUGCACGAUGAAGGAGCACGAUGCCGUGUUUGAUGCGUUCAUGACAGGAUCCCUUUUUCUCUUUGUGCAGGAGGAACUCGCGCGGGUGGGCGCGGACUUUCGAAGGCUGCGCGGCGUGACCCCCAUCCACGGCUGCGUCUUCAGCGUGAAUUUUUUGGAUGACGCCGCCGAUUGCAUUCUGCAUCCCCCCUCCGCUCCCAUGUUUUUGAUCCAGCACCCCCCCAAGAUGAGCCUGAAACUGGAGGGACUGCGGAGCAAACUACUGCAUGAGGUGGAGAGCGUUGCAUUCCUGAUCAACGGGGACCACUGCCUCGUAAAAAUUUGUGACGUGGGGUGCGACAGCGCCAAGAGGCAACAAGUUUCCUUCCUCGUCCAGCAGUGGUGUGAAGGCCUCGGGAUGGGGUUCACGCCCCUUGAUGUGGACUCGCGCGUUCGCGCCCACGGCCUGACUUACCUGAGAGAAAAGGCCUCGUAG